AAGACUUCCCGAGCGGCCGCGGGGGACGCCAGUCGAGCGGGAGACGCUUACCUGCCGCUUCCGCCGCCGCCCGGUGCACCUGGCUGCAAGGGACCUCGUUCGGAGGGAGGCCGGCAGCAGCUCCGCGGAACUGGACCCCGGCGUGCGCCGUCCCGGGCACGGGGUCUCCGCGGAACGCGGGUUCGCUUCUUAGCGACUCCUUCGCUGAACUGCCCCCCCACCUCCGCCCACCUCCAGCGCGGCCGGGAACGGUGGGACGGCUCCGGCUCCAGCUACGGAAGCGGACGGUGCCCGAGGGUUUCGAAGAGGGUUCGAAAAUGCCCCGUGCGUUUCUGGUGAAGAAGCCGUGCGUCUCCACGUGCAAGAGGAACUGGAGCGAGCUCCCGGAUGAGGAGCGCGGCGAGAUCUACGUGCCAGUCAGCCUGGGCAUCUACCCGCCACAGCCUUAUCAGGAGCCAGAGCCAUCGGUGGCUGAACCCCCCUCCUGCCCCCUAGUUUUGGACAUGAGCCUUCGGGACCCCAGCUACAGUGUGGCCCCUGGGCCCUGCGUGGUGGCUCAGCUGCCCUCAGAAGACAUGGGCCGCUUGGCAGACCCCCAGAGCAGCGACCAUGGCUUCCUGCGCACUAAGAUGAAGGUGACCCUGGGGGACAGUCCCAGCGGAGACCUCUUCACCUGCCACAUCUGCCAGAAGGCCUUCACCUACCAGCGCAUGCUUAAUCGCCACAUGAAGUGUCACAACGACGUCAAGAGACACCUCUGCACCUACUGUGGGAAGGGCUUCAACGACACCUUCGACCUGAAGAGGCACGUCCGCACCCAUACUGGUGUGCGGCCCUACAAAUGCAGCCUGUGUGACAAGGCCUUCACACAGCGCUGCUCUCUGGAGUCUCACCUCAAAAAGAUCCACGGCGUGCAGCAGAAGUACGCCUACAAGGAGCGGCGGGCCAAGCUGUACGUGUGUGAGGAGUGUGGCUGCACGUCCGAGAGCCAGGAGGGCCACGUCCUGCACCUAAAGGAACACCACCCCGACAGCCCACUGCUGAGGAAAACCUCCAAGAAGGUGGCUGUGGCCCUGCAGAACACUGUCACCUCCCUGCUGCAGAGCAACCACCACCUCUGAGUGGCAAAGGCCCGGCCCGGUCGCCUGCCUGCUGCCUGGCUGGCCCACCCUCCUGCAGCCUCUGGCUGGACCGCUGGGGGUCAGGACCGGAGCCCCCAGGCACACGUGCUCACUCUGGCCGUGUACCGACCUCUGCUCAUGUUUGUGUUUUGUUGUGUGGCCAGAUGCGUAUGAGCACGGGGCGGAGGUGAGGCCAGGGCCGCCUUCCGUUUGAAGCACCAUGCCUACACAGAUAGGACCUACUUCCCGGAGGAGGUCGCGAGGGUGAUCCUGUCGCCCCCAGGGUGAUCCCUCUGGAGCACAGAGCGUGGGCUGCUGGUCACCCGUGGAUGGCAGAGUUGAGAACGUUGGCAAAGAGCACCCCUGCAAACAAAGGCAGUUGGGGGGCUGGCGACAGCCCACCCGGCAGCGCUUCUAAUACUCAGGGCUGCAGGGGGCUCUGCCUUUGACAGGGACACGCGCAUGCGCGCCCAGCUGUAGAUGUGCGAGCACACAGGAGGCCUUUCCACAUAUCACCUCAUUCUUCAGAAAUCAGUAACAAGGUGCCAAGGAAGUUCCACUUCCUUUUUCAAAGAUGACAAAUGUACAGAUAUUAAUAUAUAUUUGGUGCCAAUGGUGACUGUUUUUAAGAGAGGAUGGAGCUGGCUUUUCUCCCUCCCCAUGUGCCUGUUUAUCCUGGAUGCUUUGCACCCCCUCUGUGCCUUGGCUCGGGUGGCUGCCCGGACCCCCUCCACCCUCGCACCUGAGAUGUUCACUCUUAGGCCUUGUUGCUCCGCCCGUGUCUGGAAGGGGCACUGAGCUUUCUGUUCCUCCCCUUCUGCCAGGACAACACGGCACGUCUGCAUGCCCUGCCCUGCAGUUUGGCCUCUCUCCCACAGCCUUGCGAGGCCAGCCUCAGAGUCCCCAAGAGCCCCCUUGUCUCUCGGUAACAGACUUUUUGUGGAACAAGUCACCAUUCCAGAGCUGGCAGCCCCGUCCGGCUGCAGCUUUUGGGGCGAGCCAGGUGGGACGAUGAGUCUGUGAUAUGCUCGGGGUUCACGGGCCUGGGGCACUAGGAAGAUAAGACACGUACAGGGCCAGGCUGCGAGGCCUGCUCCUUUCCUGGUUAAGGGAAAAACCCUAGGACAGCAGCAAAGAAUUGGGACAGAGUAAUGACCAGACACAUCAGAAACUUCUAGAGGGAGGACAGUAAAAGACAGUUAACAAGUUAUAUUUAUAACCUUUUUUCUGUUUUUCAAAUGGCAAGGCUGGGUUUUGAACACCUGUAAGAGCCACCCCUGGGCUGUUGGCUCCAUCGGAGGGAAUCAGCCAGACUCCCUCAGCCUGGUGAUGUUCCUGCUAAUAACAGGAAAGGGGUCAGAAGGGAGAGAUGGGCAGGGGCUGAGCCAGGCUGCCAACUCAAAAGAGGCCCACAGGACACAGCAGGCUGGGCUGCCCCCUGAAGCCAAACCCCCGAGCAGUGGGGGCACAUCCCUGGGCUGAGGGAAGGAGCCUUCUCUGACUUCCCUCUGAACAUGUACAGAUUGUUCUAGAAGACUCCUGUUUUAUUUUACUUUAGAGUGUCCAGGAGUAUUCUCGAAGUCACAUAGUAUAUAAUGACCUUGUCUGGAGGCUCUGUUUUGUUUACAUUCUGUGUCCCUGUGUUAUCACAGUCUGAGGGAGUCUUAGGGCUCUGUGUUGUCUAUUUUAUUUUAUAACUUUCCCCACAACUAUUAAAAUCAAAAACGAU